GCCAGGGCACGGUUCUAUGCCGUACUCCGCAUACCGGUAAUCGAUUCAUUCCGGGUCGGCAAUAGUUCUAGCCUGUACCACCAUGUCCCAAUCUCCGUCUCAGCCACCUCCCUUCUCCGAUUUCGAGUAUGUAUUUGAUCCUGCUCUCGCAGGUUUAUCACCUCCUCUUCUUCCCAUCCCAUCAUCUGCAGACCUCUUCUCUCCAUCUGAAACAACUGAUCUGCUAGGAUUCUUGGACAACUUUAAUUGGGAUUUCGAAGCAGAUCCCGCUCUCACUGCGCCAUAUAUACCGCAAAACGCGCGCGAUCUAGACAAUUCGGGAGAAAUUAUGUCGCCGAUACUCCCAGAGCAACCUGAGAUGCCAUCAGAUACAUCCAAUGCCAGACCUUCAUCCUCAUCAUCCGCAACCUCGUCAUCUCCCUCAAAACAAGACUCCACAAGCGCAAAGCGCAAGAGAGCUUCUGCAGCCUCGUGCCAGACGGGGAGAGCAAAAGUCCUUCUAUCUACCCCUCAGAAAAGACUCAAUCAUAUCAUGUCAGAGCAAAAGCGUCGUAAUGCCAUUCGUGAGGGAUAUGCCCAGUUGAUAUCCCUUCUCGCCCCAGCUGGUGCACAGGCUAUUGAUAUGCCUACUAGAGGUAGACCAAAGGGCAGCGGGAGCAAGGGGAAGGGUCACACCAAAGGCAAGAGCGGAGUGCUCUUUCGAGCAGUUGAGUAUUGCCGGUGGCUUGAGGAAGGAAGGGAUGCUUUGAUGGAUGAAGUACUUCGUCUGGAAGCUGCCGCAGGCAUUGUCUACCCGUCUCGGUAGUAACGGGCAUGCACUGGCUUCAUUGAGACAAUUUCCCGAAGCCGCAUACUUUCCCCUUAUCCACUGCCAGUUCAGGGCUACAGAGUCCUGACAGCUCCUUGUAAUGCAUGUCCGCAAAUUCCUAAUUCUCGCCCGGGGCUGCAACUACCUAUAUUGUAUGCUUGGUCGAAAAUUUCGACGUAUACCGAGAACUGUAUUGUAUUUUUCCAUAAUUCUUAUCAUGCUUUUCGAUGUACUGGCACAUAAAUACACCCGGUUUCUCUCUCUUUAGGGACCGCAUAUUGAAUUGCAAGGCUACGAUUUCCCCUGUUAC